CUGUCUUUCGUCUCACUUUUUCAUCGCACGAUCAGGAAGCUGAUAACAGUAUAACCAGAGAUAUAUCCGCCCAGUACUCCUGGAGCUUCUUUCCUUGCUCUAACACUCUCUGCUUGUUCACCUUCUAUUUUGGAUCACUCACCUACCAUAUGUUAAUUGUGCUGCUGCAAAAAGCGUUCAUUCACUCCUAGGUUUCUUCAUUCCUUCCCUCUCUGUUCCUUCACACCUCCCGCCGCCGUCUAAAGGACGAGCACACUGGUGAGGAGGCCAAAACAGGAACAAUUGGGCCCUCAGUGCCAUCGUCUUAUUUAGCUCAACACAAUGGCAUCGGUGCCGUUUAUCCUAUUCAUAGCGGCCUGGUGCUUGCUCAUCGUCAAGUUAUAUCUUGAUCAUCAGAAGAAGUCGAAGCUUCCCGAAGGGGCAAAGCCUCUUCCAGGUCCCAAGAGCUUGCCCUUCAUCGGUCGCGUCCAUGACGUCCCGCCUGAUAUGACAUGGAUGAAGUUCUACGAAUGGAGUAAGAUUUAUGGCCCAAUUUACCAGAUGGAAAUAUUUGGCUCGGUACACAUCUGGAUGUCAUCCGAGGAGAUCGUGCAGGACAUACUCGCUCGCAGGGCCAACAUCAACUCGGAUCGACCCGUCAUUGUCAACUUGCCUGAUAACCGCACCAGCGGUGACUAUCUUGCCCUCUCUGGAAACAACGAGACGUGGAAGCGCCAGCGCAAGAUGUGCAACCAGCUCAUGGCUGCCAGUAACAAGCAAAGUCUCCACCACUAUCCUACCCGUGAGCGCGACCGAUUCCUGUUCCUCAUGGCCAACGACCCCAGCAACUACAUCGAGUGGAUCGAGCAGUUCACCGCCCGUACAGUUUCACGAGUCUGCUGGGGCACUCCUCACCGCCAGGCCCUGCUGCGCAAAACCACCUUUGGCCUUCUCGAGACUAUUUCACCCGCUGGUGCUCUGCCCAACGUCGUCGCCUGGUUGGGAUACCUACCCGACAAGUUCAGCCCCUGGCGCAAGAAGGAACAUCUUCGUCAUGCCCUCGAGACCGACCUGUUCACCUCCAACUUGGCUGGGGUCAAGGCUUCCAUGAACGAGGGUCAUGCGCUGCCUAGUGCUGCCCGAACUUUCCUCGAGGAUAUGGAGCAAAAGCCGCGUGCCUCCCAGGCCGAGGCCGAUUUCCACUCCGCCGAAGGUAGCAAGGUUGUCGGCAUGAUGGCCAUCGCCGGUGCGCUCACCAUCGGUAGCCCAAUUCAGAGUUUCCUAUUGGCAAUGUGUCAUUACCCCGAGUGGCUAGAGCGUAUGCAAGCCGAGAUAGAUAUCAACCUCGAGGGUCGCUGCCCUCAGUGGGAAGACCGUGAGAAGCUCCCUCUGCUUCGUGCCGUCGUCAAGGAGACAAUGCGCUGGAGGCCUCCUGUCCCAACCGGUAUCCCCCAUGCUAGUGACAAGGACGAUGUUUACAAUGGCUACUUUAUUCCCAAGGGCGCCACGCUGCACGCCUUGGAAUGGGGUCUGACACGCGAUGAGAGCGUUUACCCGGAUGCCGAAACAUUUAACCCUGACAGAUGGUUGAACCCAUCGUUCCCAACGUACAAGGAGCCCCUGACCCAGUACCCCAACCUCAACGGAUACAGCCAGUUCGGGUACGGGCGCCGUACAUGCCAAGGUAUCCCCAUCGUCGACCAGGAUCUCUUCUUGUCAAUGGGCGGUAUUGCAUGGGCCUUUGACAUCCGCAAGAAGCUCGACACACAGGGCAAGGAGAUUCCCGUCCACUGGAACACUUACUCGUCGCUACUUAUCGCCAAGCCCGUCAAGUUUGAGUUUGACUGCGUCCCACGAGAGGGCAAAAGCCGCGUCAUCGACCUCAUGGCCGCCAGCGCUCGCGAGAUGGAGGAGGAGGAGAACAGGCUGUUGGGCUACGGUUGCAGUACCGGAACGAGCCACCUGCACCCCACAGUCGAGAUUACACUCGCAAAGGACAUCGAGGUCAUGUCAGAUGUUGGUUCGGCAAGUGCAUCAGACAGCGACGAGAGCAGUAUGCGCGACUCUCUACUCCUUUCUUCCGAGGGUAGCAGCAGGUCUAGCAGUGUUUACUCGAGUGACUCGGAGUAGGGUGAAAGAAAGAGGAAUCAGCCCCCCCCNCCCCCCCCCCACUCAAGAAGGCUGCGAGUGCAUUUUUCAAGGCUGUACCUGGAGGUUGGAAAUAGUCCAUUCAGGAGAUGAUAUUAGCGAAUGGCAGCGAAUAUUUUUCAUUUGUUUUCUCUCUUUUGUUUUUCUUUUAUUCUUGAUAUCAAGGGUUGGCUAUCUACCACUCCCAGGCGAGAGAGGAGCUUUUCCACGUCCCUCGAAAGUUGGACUUUUUCUUUUUCUUCUUAAGCCUAAACCACCACAGCUAAACGAUACUAGAGCUGGAUUGAAGAAGGCAUUAUUAGAUACCUGAGCGCUUAGAUAACGCAGCAGGUCAACUCGAUACAUAUAUACUAAAUACUUGGAGGUCAGACGAAAUUUGGGAAAUGAGCUGGAGCAUUUUUUUAUUUCCUUUUCAUCUUCAGGAAGCCAGAAUACAGACAAUUAGAAAACAUACUAAAAACCCUGCGGCCGCAAAAACUGCUCACGAUGCACAUGUUGAGAAUGCUCAGGCCGACCCGGGCCGUUGAGCGACAGUGAUGUAGUCUCUGUCUACUUCCUGCUGACCAGCCG